AUGGGUCGGUCCUUGGAAUCCUCUCGCCCCAUCAUGGCGCCCAGCCUGGCCUCCAAGCGCGCAUCCACCCGCUUCAGCACCUAUAGCGCGGCCCCCUCUGUCGCCAAUACCGUCAAAACAUCCCUUACCUCCGACUCUGCCCAACAAGAGAUCAAGGACAUCGAGGAAGGUCUGGAGAAGCUGGAAGACAAGAAGCUGGCGAGCCAGAGGUUCGUGCUGAGCCAGGAGCGCAGUGAGAAUCUGAGCAAGUUGGCCUUGGGCGCGAAGCUGGAGAGAGCGCUUGGACGACGAAUGGGUGGGCAAGAUGCAGUGAUGAGGGAGACCAAGAAGCGCGUGGCCGAUCCCGAGAAGACUGCUCUUGCUUGA